AUGGCUACCGAGCAGUCCCACAAAGCCGAAAAGUUCUUCCCACGAGCAGGACUUGCACAAGAUGGAUGGUCUACUAAAGAGGAAGCGACAGCGACGUGCUACUGUGGUGCGGUUCAGCUGGUCUUGCCUAUAACCAAGCCUGGAUUUGUUUUCUCGUUCGUCUGUCACUGUAGCGACUGUCGCAAGAUCACAGCUUCGAUGUUCACGACUGGUAUCGUUGUUCUCGACACACACCUGAAGCAUAUCCGUGGUGAAGAGAACCUCAAGCAGUUCAGCCAGUCAGACACGAUUGAGAGAGAUGGAAGCGCGAUGACCAAUUUCUUCUGCAGUACAUGCGGAUCGCUGAUGUACCGAAGGUCUUCUGCUUAUGCAGGGGUUAGUGUCCUGAGAGGUGGCACGGUUGAUGAUUUCAGGCUCGUGGAAACGGUGCUGAAACCAGAUGUUGAGCAAUUCUGUAGACAUAGAGUAGGCUGGUUACAGGGUAUAAAGGGUUUAAGGCAAAGCUUAGGACAAGCAAAGAUAUAA